CCUGAGUUCCGCAGGCGAUCUGUGUGUGUGGAUUCCAUUUCUCCGAACGUUUUGAAUUUGCUCGUCUUACCCAUUUUGAAGAACCGAAGUGGGCCGCCAGGUUUGGGACAAUUGAAAAGCGGGACUGAGUUCCUCUCAAUUUUUCGAUUUGGUCUCCUGAUCCUUCCGCGAAGAGUGGCAGGAAAAGAAGGGCGUGCGCCUGACGACCGUCAUUUCCCACCUCUCGGCGAGGGCCUGACUUCUCACUGGCCUUACUGUGAACUCGUUCUCAUCAUCACUAAAUGAUUCGACGAGGAUGAAAAGUUUUUUCCUUUACCCACUCAGCCCCAAAGGCAUUACAAUAUCUAGUUUCUAGACACGUGUACGUGAAUAUUCCGCGGAGAAGGGCUUAAUUGUUGGAGAUAACAAUGGGAACUCCUAGGUUUUUAAGAUAUUUCUGUGUAUUUCCAAAACUAACGACCACCAUCCAACACCGACAGCGUGGGAUUCCUGAGAGGCUCUGGCCAUCCUGUGGCUCCAAAAUGCACUUCCAUAACUGGUUAAAUCGGCUUUACCCGGGUUUAUCCAAACCCAAGGGAAGGACGACCCAGUUGAUCUACGGUUCUCUAUCCAGAAGUCUGGUGCUGAGUUCACAAAGGAGAAAUCCAGAAUUUAGUAGCUUUGUUGCCCGGACCAAUACCUGUGGAGAGUUGCGUUCUUCUCAUUUGGGUCAAGAAGUUACUUUAUGCGGAUGGAUUCAGUAUAGAAGACAAAACAUCUUCCUGGUUCUAAGAGAUUUCCACGGGCUUGUUCAAGUUGUCAUUCCCCAGGAUGAGUCAGCUGUGAAGAAGAUUUUAUGUGAAGCCCCACUGGAAUCUGUAGUGCAAGUGUCUGGGACAGUCAUUUCGCGACCUCCAGGGCAGGAGAAUCCAAAAAUGCCAACAGGUGAGAUUGAAAUCAAAGUGAAAACAGCCAAGCUUCUAAAUUCCUGCAAGAAACUGCCCUUUGAAAUUAAGGACUUUGUGAAGAAAACAGAGGCUCUUCGCUUGCAGUAUCGCUACUUAGACUUGCGGAGUUUCCAAAUGCAGUAUAACCUGCGACUGAGGUCCCAGAUGGUUAUGAAAAUGCGGGAAUAUCUCUGCAACCUACACGGGUUUGUGGAUAUAGAAACACCAACAUUGUUUAAGAGGACUCCAGGGGGCGCAAAAGAGUUUGUAAUACCAUCCAGGGAGCCUGGCAAGUUUUAUUCUCUCCCUCAGAGUCCUCAACAGUUUAAGCAGCUUCUGAUGGUUGGAGGUUUAGACAGAUAUUUUCAAGUUGCCAGAUGUUACCGGGAUGAAGGUUCGAGACCAGACAGACAGCCUGAGUUUACUCAGAUUGACAUAGAGAUGUCUUUUGUAGACCAGACAGGGAUCCGAAGUCUAAUUGAGGGUUUGCUCCAGUAUUCUUGGCCCAGUGACAAAGAUCCUGUGGUAGUUCCUUUUCCAUCUAUGACUUUUGCUGAGGCCCUGGCCAGCUAUGGAACUGACAAGCCUGACACUCGCUUUGGGAUGAAGAUUGUAGAUAUCAGUGACGUGUUCAGAAACACAGAAAUUGAUUUUCUUCAAGAUGCACUUAGUAAACCCCAAGGAAGCAUCAAAGCCAUACGUAUUCCUGAUGGAAUAAAAUACUUAAAAAGGAAAGACAUUGAGUCCAUUACAAAAUUUGCAACUGACCAAUGUAAUCAGGACGUCUUACCUGUAUUCCUAAAAGCCAACAGGAAUUGGAAUUCUCCAGUUGUUAAGUUCAUAAAGGCUGAACAAAAAUCAGAACUAAUCCGACUAAUGGGGAUCCAGGAGGAUGAUGUGGUCCUGCUAACUGCUGGAGAACACAAGAAAGCAUGCUCUUUGUUGGGAAAAUUACGACUGGAAUGUGCUGACCUUCUAGAAGCAAGAGGAGUGUUGCUCCGUGACCCAACUCUGUUCUCUUUCCUUUGGGUGGUGGACUUCCCACUUUUCCUUCCAAAGGAAGAUAAUCCUGGAGAACUGGAGUCAGCCCACCACCCAUUUACUGCUCCCCACACCAGUGACAUUCACCUCCUACAUGCUGAGCCUGAAAAGGUCCGUAGCCAACACUAUGACUUGGUUUUAAAUGGCAAUGAGAUUGGAGGUGGUUCUAUCCGAAUUCAUGAUGCAAAGCUACAGCAUUAUAUCCUGGCAACAUUACUAAAGGAAGAUGUGACACUGCUUUCCCACUUGCUCCAGGCUUUAGAAUGUGGGGCGCCCCCUCAUGGAGGAAUUGCUUUAGGGCUAGACAGAUUGAUAAGCCUUGUCACUGGAGCACCAAGCAUCAGAGAUGUCAUAGCCUUCCCAAAAUCCUUCCGGGGGCAUGACCUCAUGAGCAAUGCCCCUGAUACUAUCCCUCCAGAGGAACUGAAGCCUUAUCAUAUCCAGGUCUCCUGGCCAACACACACAGAAGAGGAAAAGGGCUCAUUGAAUCAUUCAUACCAUCCAGACAGUUGAACUUUCAGGUUUUGUCUUCUACUUUCCAAGCUUAAAAUCAGAUGUGUAGGUCUGCCACAGAUCUGACAAGUCAAAUCUUUAGGUGGAAGAAAUCCAGGUAGCAUUUAUUACAAUGAAGGGAAAAAAACUGAGUUGAUGACAUGCAUUAUUAGGACUAUUUUGUUUGGAAUUUUGAAGUUCCUUUUUACCUGGAGAUGUGAAAGAUGACUCUUUGUUG